AUGUCUUUGGGAAAGCACGAUUUCAGCCGAGCAGUUGAUGGAAAUACAGCCGAUGACAUAAACGCUUCUUGUAUCAAUAUUGAACAGAAAGGAAAUUCCUGGUGGGGCGUGAAUCUUGAUGACCAGGAAGCACACACUGUUUUAUAUAUACGGAUAGUUCUAGCAAAAGCCUACAACGUCCUACACAUGACUGAAUCUAUAUUCCCGAAUGGGAAAGGUGACUUUACUCGCAUAUCAGGUGAUCAGCAUAACAUUCGGCAGUAUGUUUGGUCGUCUAACACGCGGGCAAGGCUCGUCGGUUUUUAUUUAAAGGAAAGUGAAAGAGGCGACUACAUCUAUAGCUAUUCAAUCUGUGAAUUGGAGGUUUAUGGAAUUAAAGGUUCAGUCUCCAAUAUUGCACUGAAUAAGAUCGCCACUAUGUCGUCUGUGCCGUACUACCUGUCGGGCCCAAGUCUAGCGGUUGACGGAAAUCCGAAUCAACGGUUUUUCGAAGGUUCCUGUUUUCGAACUGCUGGUGAAAGAGAUCCAUGGUGGCAGGUUGAUCUCGAUGGCAUCUAUGUUCUUUUCGCUGUGAUUAUAUACAAUCGAGACGACUGUUGCGAUUAA